UUCUCUCGUAAUCACUCUUGUGCGGUUCGGUGUUGCUAUCGCGUGUUGAUGUAAUAAUCAAGUGUUACAACUUUGUGCAACAUUAUUCCACACCUGAAUAACUAACCCAACAAGCUUAUUCAUAGCUCCUCGGUGCACGGUUCAUGGCCAGCGGUAUUCACAAAAUGAAGGUCCUUUCGCUGUACAAACAAAUGCUGCGCGAAUCGGAGAAGUUCAGCUCGUACAACUACCGAAUGUACGCCCUUCGGCGGAUUCGGGACGCCUUCCGGGAGAACAAAAGCCUUACGGAUGCGACCAAAAUUGAGGGUCAGAUGGAGUACGCCCAGAAGAAUCUGGGCAUCAUCAAGCGUCAGGCACUCGUCGGGCAGCUAUUCCAAGCAGAUAAACUUGUUAUCGAAAAGUAAAGACUCUCAGCGUGAUGGAGGCAAAUAACUAUGUAUAAUCUAUGACCACCAGCCAUUAACAGAUACGUUGCGUUUAGCUUGUUCAAUAUCUUGAUGUUCAUCGUUCAAGAGCUCACAAAAAGGCUAGAUUUAUCAAACAUUUCCUUAGAAUGUAAAUAGGUACCGUUCGAAAGCUGCAUGGAGAGACGAAAUUGUUGCUUCAAUAAAUAAAUCUUUAGAGUGAA